GAUGGCUUGGAUGAUGAUAGCUUGCCUGAAGAGGAAGAGGCAACGCAUCCGCAAGAAGACUUUGAUUAUGAAGAUCUCAUUCGACAGGCAGAACGGCAUCAGGCGGAUGAUGAUGCAGGUAGUGCGGUGCAUCUUCCAGACUUUGGCGCAUUGCCACCCGGUGCAUCUGGCGCUAUGGCGCGUUGGAUCUCAGGUGUCGAGCAGCCGGAUGAGAGUGAGGAUGAUGAAAUGUACGACGAUAUGCUCUCCAAGGAGGAAAUCUUGCGCGAAUUCUACCCUUCCUUCAGUGCAGGUCAGAUUCUCAACUUUUCCGAACUCUUUAGUCCAAAGCCUGGCCAAUAUACGACACGCAUACCGAAACAGCCGCGUCCUGUGGUGCCGUCUGCAUCACUGGAUAUCGAGCACAGCGAUCAGUCGCUCUUCAAGCACUCUAAGCGACGGAAAAUCACGGGCGUGGUGCGAACCGCGUCGACACCAGAGCUCGAGGAAGACGCACAGACGGCCCAGACCAUCUCAGAGGAAGGCGACCUCGAUGUUAAUUUAUUGUUGGCCUGCGCAGACUGGGAGAGCAUGCUGGAAGAACGCCCGCGAAAAGUACAAUUCGACGUGAAGGCUUCCACCAACUUGCGAGCGGUAGGGUGGAGGGAAAAGCCAGAGGCCGACAAGAUUGUGCUGGAUAUGAAUGAUCCACGCAUCUUGCUCAGUACACGCAAAGGGUCUGCCGCGCCGCCACUUGCUAAACGAUACAAUUUCUCAAACGAUGAAGCGUAUGCUAUGCUGCAAGAGACACACACGUCGAGCGUACGAUCUAUGUUGUCGACCUUGACAAUCGAGCAUGCUGGCUUUGCGGAUCGACUGCAGAGCCCGUACUACAAGACAUUGCUUUCGAAGACUGAGGCGCGAUCCUUCCAUCGGCCCUCGAUGCACUUCAAGGCGAACCAGGAGAUACGCUUUUCGAAGCUCAAGCCGCGCAAGAAGAAGAAGGAUCGCAGUCGAGACCCUGCCGUUGCGCUCAAAACGACAAAGGACAUUUCCCUAUCUGACAAUACGGGCUACGUCUGUCUUGAGUACUCGGAAGAGUAUCCACCCGUCUUGACUAAUGCCGGCAUGUGCAGCAAGAUUCUCAACUAUUAUCGAAAACGCAGUGACGAUGAUGAAUUUCGACCACGUCUUGAGCUUGGUGAGGCACAGAUUCUAGCGCCUUCCGAUCGUUCACCUUUCUGGAAUUUUGGGCAUGUUGAGCCAGGCGAAACGACACCGACGCUGUACAACAAACUUGUUCGUGCGCCCAUCUUCAAGCAUGCGCCUGAAAAGACAGAUUUUCUGCUCAUCAAAGCAGCCACACGAACAGGAAAUCGCUUCUACCUGAGAAACAUGAAGCACACGUAUACGGUGGGCCAGACCUUCCCCGUUGUCGAUAUCCCUGGCCCGCAUUCACGUAAAGUGACGUCGUCCUACAAGAAUCGUCUCAAGAUGAUCACCUACCGUCUUGUACGUCGCAAUGAGCAAGGCCGCUUGGUAGUACGUGACCUCAUGAAGCAUUUCCCUGACCAAAAUGAGAUGCAAAUUCGUCAGCGUCUCAAGGAAUUCAUGGAGUAUCAGCGUAAAGGUGAGGAUCAAGGCUUUUGGCGCCUCAAGCAAGGCGACAUCUUGCCCACUGAAGAAGCGGCGCGCUCUAUGAUUGAUCCAGAGACAGUAUGUUUGAUUGAAGCAAUGCAAGUUGGGUUACGCCAUCUCGAAGAUUCCGGGUAUGGCAAGUCCGCCUUGGGUGAUGAAGAUGAUGGUACGGGCGGUACUGGCAACGGCAAGGAGAAGGAUGAAAACUUGACAAUUGAGCAACAACUUGCACCAUGGCUUGCAUCUAAAAACUUUAUCAAUGCAACACAGGGCAAGGCCAUGCUGCAGCUCUAUGGCGAAGGCGAUCCGACCGGCAAAGGCGAAGGUAUCAGCUUCAUUCGUACCUCGAUGAAGGGAGGUUUCCGUCCAGCUGGUGAAGCACUCGAUGAAGUCAGCAAGGAGAGUCUGCCAAAAGGUGCGCAUGCGUACAAUGUCGCGAAACAAGCAAAAGCCUAUGAAGAGGAGAUUUCACGCAUUUGGCGAGCGCAAAAGACAAGCUUAUCCAUGUCUCGUGCGCAAGUCAUUGAGAAGGAGGCGCUUGAAAAUAUCCAUGACACAGAUCACGCGAGUCCGUUUCCAGAGUCGCCGGGUGUUGCUGCGUCGCCUGCGGAUGUCGAGGAUGAUCGUAUGUCUCUCAAUUCGGGCAUGUCUGCGCAAUCUGCCAACAAGGUGCUCAAGAUUCAGCGCGUCACGCGAGAUGAGUUGACGGGGCUGACAACGACCAUAACAGAAAUUGUCACAGAUCCGCAUGUCAUUCAUGCGUAUGUCACGAAGCGCAAGGCGUUGGAAGAGAGACCACCGCUUGAAGGUGAAACGGCAGCGUUGGCCCCCGGUGACGAUGAGGAGCGCAACAAGCGGAAGAAGAAGCAGAUCGAGGAUGAACUUGCUCGGUUGAAGCGCAAUCAGGAACGGCGAAAUGUGCGC